UUCUCGACGUGCGUCUACAACUUCCGGGUUAGCGCUCACGCCCGUCCGUGGCAUGCUUCCUGAAAAUCUUCAAAACGUGUGUAAUUAAAACAGCUAAAUAAGAUGAGUUCUCAGAAAGGCAAUGUAUCUCGCUCAAGAUCCCAGAAGCAUAAAAACACCAUUGCCUUCAAGAACGACAAAUACGGAGCGACUGCACAAGUGAAGAAGGCAAAUUCAAAGGUCCACGAUGGGCUCUGUCAGCGCUGUAAAGAAGUACUUGAGUGGAAAGUCAAGUACAAUAAAUACAAGUCUCUAACGCAGCCCAAAAAAUGCGUCAAGUGUUUUCAGAAGACAGUAAAAGAUGCGUAUCACAUCAUCUGUAAGCCCUGUUCCCUUCAGCUAGAGAUUUGCUGCAAGUGUGGGAAGAAAGAGGACAUCGUUAUUCCAGUCAACUCACAUCUGGACAAUAAAGAAGAAGAAGAAGGAGACGAGGAAGGACAGAGAAAAAAAGGCAGUAGACGAGGGAAGAAAGACGUGGGUGACUUGGACAGUGAUGAUGAUGAUUAUGAUGACGAUGACUUCGACGGCCUUGAAGACGAGGAAGAUGAAGAAUUGGACAAUGACUCAAGACUAAAAAAGACACAGAACAAGCCUGCUGCUCUCCCAGAUGUGUCUUUAGUUGAUAUUAAAGAUUAAAGAAGAUGAGAGCCGGACCAAGGCUCUGAGAUGAUUUCUGAUUCUUUUUACUUUUUUUUUAAUUUGAGUUGUCUUUACCCAAAGAACUGUAUAUCUAUUAAACGAUGCCAUAAAUGACUCGUGGAAAAAAAA